AUGGCAGCGAUGUCCGUUAUUGGUAUUGAUUUUGGUAACGAAUCGUGUUAUAUUGCUGUAGCAAAAGCAGGUGGCAUUGAGACAAUAGCCAACGAUUACAGUCUUCGGGGUACUCCAUCAUGUGUGGCAUUUUCACCAAAGAAUCGAAUUAUAGGAGUGGCCGCAAAAAAUCAAAUGGUAACAAAUAUGAAGAAUACUGUUUUUGGAUUCAAGAGGCUUUUGGGACGGAAAUUUUCAGAUCCACAUGUUCAAAAAGAGUUAAAACAUUUUCCAUUCAGGGUUGAACAGAGGGGAGAUGGCGGAAUUGGUAUCAGGGUCAGUUAUCUAGGUGAAGACAAUGCAUUUAGUCCUGAACAGAUCACUGCAAUGUUGUUCACAAAGUUGAAAGACAUUGCAGCUACUGCAUUACAAACACAGAUUAAUGAUUGUGUGAUUUCGGUGCCAAGUUACUUUACAAAUGCUGAAAGGAAUGCUCUUUUGGAUGCUGCUGCAAUUGCUGGGCUUAAUGUUUUGCGCCUUAUGAAUGAAACUACUGCUACUGCUCUUACAUAUGGUAUUUACAAGCAAGAUCUGCCAGCUCCAGAAGAGAAGGCUCGAAAUGUUGUUUUUGUUGAUUUUGGUUACACAUCACUUCAGGUAGCAGCUUGUGCUUUUAAUAAAGGUAAACUUCGAGUUCUAGCUACUGCCACUGAUCCGUACUGUGGUGGAAGAGACAUUGAUAUGGCUUUGGCUGAAUAUUUCUGUCAAGACUUUGUAACACGGUUUAAAUUGGAUCCUAAGAAAAAUCAGAGGGCCUUUUUACGCCUGUUGCAAGAAGUUGAGAAAUUGAAGAAGCAAAUGUCAGCAAACAGCACCCGUUUGCCGCUUAACAUAGAAUGCUUCAUGGAGGAGCGUGAUGUGUCCAGUGAUAUGCAGAGAUCACAAAUGGAACAGCUCUGUAGUGAAACAUUUACAAGGGUUGAAAGAACUUUAAGAGCUAUUUUACAUAAUGCUAAACUACGACCAGAGGAUAUCUAUGCAGUUGAAAUUGUGGGUGGCUCUACCAGAAUCCCUGCAGUUAAGAGUUUAAUUGAACAAGUAUUUGGAAAGCACGCUUCUACUACUUUGAAUCAGGAUGAGUCUGUAGCACGAGGUGCAGCUCUCCAGUGUGCUAUGUUGAGCCCUGCUGUUCGUGUGCGUGAAUUCAGCAUUACUGAUGUGCAACCUUACGCUGUGCGUCUUGCAUGGGAUGCUGCUCGUGGUGAAGACGGUGAUAUGGAGAUUUUCCCACCUUUCCAUGCUGCUCCAUUUUCAAAGAUGUUGAGUUUCUACAGAAAAGAACCAUUUUCAGUUAGUGCUUAUUACUCUGGCCAAGUACCCUAUCCAGACACCUUUAUUGGUCAGUGGCACAUCCGAGAUGUCCAACCAACUCCAGAAGGAGAAUCACAGAAAGUAAAACUUAAAGUUAGAGUAAACAUCCAUGGCAUCAUAACAGUUGCCUCUGCAUCGCUUGUGGAGAAGAAACAGGAUUCUUCCCAAAGCGAAAAUGUAGAUAUGGAGAAUGUUAAUGAGAAUAAUCAGAACAGCCAAGAGGCUCCAAUGGAUACUAAUGGUGGUGCUCAAGAGCAACAACAAAAUGGACCAGAUAACCAAGAGGAAAGUAAUGAUGAUAAAAAGGAUAAAUCUAAGGAGAAGUCAAAAAAAGUGCUUGUGAAAACAGUAGAGCUGCCCAUCGAUUCUCGAACCCAUGGAUUUUCACAGCAAGAUGUCAACACCUACAUGGAGCAAGAGGGAAAAAUGCAAGCACAGGAUAGACAGGAGAAAGAACGCGCAGACGCUCGUAACGCACUUGAAGAAUAUGUGUAUGAGCUUCGUGGAAAGCUCUCUGAAGGAGAGACUUUACAUGACUUUGUUGCGGACGAACAGCGUCACCGACUUGUAAACCAACUUGAUGGGCUUGAGCAAUGGCUCUAUGAUGAGGGUGAGGACCAGAAUAGACAGGUGUAUAGUGACAAAUUAUCAGAAUUACGAACGGAAGGCGAACCCAUAAAGCAGCGACGCCUGGAGUUCGAACUGCGCCCCGGCGCGUUGGACGAUUACGCUUUAUCUAUUCAAUUAACUAAUAAGGCUGUCGACCAAUACAGGUAA